AGGGCACUGCUUGGCUUCUUGUAUGAAGGCAAAGUGAAUGAUCCUGUUUCUCCAAAUGAUUAUUCAGACUCAGGAAGAGAGAGGGAGAGAAAGGAGCAUUCCAUCCCAGCUUUGCCCACUCUCUAACAGAACCCUUUCAAACCCGCAGGUUCCUAGCAGGAGGGAUCUAAGCCAGUUCAGCAAUAAUAGCAACCACGACUGAGACAGAAAAUUGUGGAGAAGGUUCCUGUAACUUCGGGGGAGGGGGAGGUAAGAGGGAAGUUGCUGCUAAAAAUCAGCCAACCAGUAACCUCCCCACUCGAAAACUUGAGUCUGAAUUCUCCUCAAGUGAAAGUGAAACAACUGACGGAGUGAAAGUGUGUGCUAGAGGCAGGGUGUUUGCAAUGUGUGGGUGCUGGUGCCAGUAGGGGAGACUCAGUGCGUGUGGAAAGAGCAUGAUCCACUCCCAAGAGCCCCCUGCAGCUGGCUGGAAGGCUGUUGGUGAAGAAGACCAUGCGCCCUGACUGCAUGGCUGUCCCCCAGCAGCUUCCAGAUCCUCAGCUCCCCUCUAACAAGCUUCACCGAGCAGACAACUGCUGAAAAGCCCAAAGGAAAACAGCCCAGGAUCACUAUGGGAAAUACCUCUGGCCUUUCGUGAGACCCGGAGCAAAAGAAAGGCAGUUUGACCAAAGGGAAGCAGCAGCAGGGACUUGGAGCUCCCUUCACUGUCGCUGUGAGAAGUUUUAGCCAAUCAAAUGCACCCUGACAAUAAACUGACCAAUCAUGGAAAGACAGGUAACAGCGGCACCCAGUCCCAGCAUCAUAAUGUGAGUCAAGGAGCCACCUGCAGCCUGGGCUCUAAGGGCGUGGGGGCGGGAAAUCAUGGCAGCAAAGCCAAUCAGAUUUCUCCUGGCAACUCUGGACUGAAGAACAGCCAGAACGCUGUCCCAAACUUUGGGUCCUUGAAGGGCAAAGUGAAACGGGAACGAAGCAUCUCGGUGGACUCGGGAGAGCAGCAGGAAGCCAGCACCCCCUCCCUGGACACGGAACUAAAAGGUGAGGUGGCUCCUCGCAGCAAGCGUCGGUGUGUGCUGGAGAGGAAACAGCCAUACAGCGGGGACGAAUGGUGCUCAGGCCCAGACAGCGAGGAGGACGACAAACCCAUCAGCAGCACACACAACUGUAAUGUAGCAGAUCCUGCAAUGUCCACAGCCUCACAGCUUGGUCCUGGGUCCAACCCGCUGCCGAGCCUGAACGAGACGAGUUCUUCCAAUGCACCGCACGGCAGUGCUUCUGGCCUUCGGCCCGAUGCUGGGGGGAGUGGAGGCGGCGGUGCUGGAAAGCAGCCUUCCCAGUUUGUUUACGUCUUCACCACGCACCUUGCUAACACUGCUGCAGAAGCAGUCUUGCAGGGGCGAGCAGACUCCAUCCUGACUUAUCAUCAGCAGAAUGUUCCCAGAGCAAAGCUAGACCAGGCUCCAGCUCCCAAGGGGCUGGGAGUCACCGAGCAAUUGCCAGUUAACCCACCUGCUUCCAGCACUCCGCAGUCCCAGCCUCCUUCAUCACAAGGCAACCAGGCACAGCCCCAGCCGCCCCCGGCACAGCCCCCACCACCUCAGAGCAUCAGUCAGCAAGCUCUGCCUGCACCAAGUUCCCUAGCGCAGGACGGGACGGGAGAGGACAUUCGGCGGGACCUGACUCCCAGCUCUGUGGGAAAUAGCAGUGGCAGCACCCAGCCAGGGAGCAACCACCCCAACACACCAACUGUGCAGCCCGGGCAGGUGGACUCCUCUAGUGCUUCCAGCUCUAACCUACUGGGGGAUGGCACUAGUGCCGGGGCAGCCGGCAACGGGCAGGUAGGGCUGGGCCCCAGGAACCCCAUGAACUCAGAGGGGCUCUCUAAGGAGCAGCUGGAGCACCGGGAACGCUCCCUGCAGACCCUGCGGGACAUUGAGCGCCUGCUGCUGCGCAGUGGGGAGACUGAGCCCUUCAUGAAGUCCAACCAAAGUGCUGGUGAGGGAGGCCCUGCUCCCCAGCCACCCCUCCCACCUGCAGGCAUGAAGAAGUACGAAGAGCCCCUGCAGUCCAUGAUUUCACAGACGCAGAAUUUGGGGGGGCCUAACCUGGAGCACGAGGUCUCCCACCACCCGGGCUCUGACAUGGGGCAGCAGAUGAACAUCAUGAUGCAGCGGCUGAACCAGGACAGCCUGACACCAGAGCAGGUGGCCUGGAGGAAGCUGCAGGAGGAGUAUUAUGAGGAGAAGCGGCGGAAGGAGGAGCAGAUCAGCAUCCAUGGUCGGCCCAUGCAGGAGAUGAUGAUCCCACAGUCCAUGGGUGGCAUGAUGAUCCGGGGUCCACCACCGCCCUAUCACAGCAAACCUGGGGAACCGUGGCCUCCAGGGAUGGGCAACCAGCUGAGGGGGCCCAUAGAGGUCCAGGACCCCAUGCAGCUGAGGGGAGCACCACCUUUCCCAGGGCCAAGGUUCCCUGGAAAUCAGAUGCAGAGGGUCUCGGGCUUUGGUGGGAUGCAGAAUGUGCCCAUGGAUGCUCUGGGGCCCAUGACUGCUAUGCAGCGGCCAGUCAGGCCUGGCAUGGGGUGGAAUGAGGAUAUGCCUCCAAUGGGAGGCCCAGGCAACUUUCCACAAGGGAGCCUGCCCUACCCUUCAGGGCAAGGCCCCCCUGCCAGGGAGGAGCUCCUGAGGCACCAGCUGAUGGAGAAGCGCCCGGUGGCGAUGCAGAGGCCCAUGGGGAUGUCUGGCAGCUCCCUGAGCCAAGGUCUGGAAAUGGAGAGGAUGAUACAGGCUCACAGGCAAAUCGACCCAUCUAUGUUCCCCGGACAAAUGCCAGGAGAGAGCCUUGCCGGUGCCCCGAUGAGUAUGGACUUCCCGGGUUCCCGGGGGAUGUUGAGCCCACCCAUGAGCCAGUCCAGCCUCCGUGACAUGGAUGCGCCCAUGGGGCCUGGGAACCUCAACAUGAACAUGAAUGUCAACAUGAACAUGAACAUGAACCUCAAUGUCCAGAUGACCCCACAGCAGCAGAUGAUGAUGUCGCAGAAGAUGAGGGGCCCUGACAUGAUAGCCCACCAGGGCAUCAGCCCCGAGGACCUGGCCAGGGUGAGGGCUCAGAAUGGCAGCAGUGGCACCAUGCUGUGGGGGCCGCAGAAGAUGAUGAUCCCCUCUCAGUUCCCCAGCCAAGGGCAGCCAGGCUUCUCAGGUGGGCAGGGCCCCUAUCCCGGCAUGCCCCAGGACUUGGGCAGUGCCCACGACAUGUUCAGUCCGGAGCAGGGCUCUAUGCCCAUUGGGAACAUGGGCAGCACCACCAGGCUCAGCCACAUCCCUUUGCCGACAGCUUCCAAUCCUCCUCCCACCCAAGGGAGCAACCUAGCCAACAUGCACCCAGCACCCUCCCGGGGGCUGGGCCGCAGGCCCUCCGACCUCACCAUCAACAUCAGCCAGAUGAACUCCCCGGGUAUGGCUCACCUCAAGUCCCCGACGCUCAGCCAGGUGCACUCGCCGCUUGUCCCCUCCCCAUCUGCCAACCUGAAGUCCCCACAGACGCCUUCGCAGAUGAUCAGCAUGCCACCUUCCAACCAGUCUGGGCCUCUGAAGUCGCCCCAGGUGAUGAGCUCCUCUCUCAAUGUCAGGUCUCCCACCAGUUCACCGAGCCGUCUGAAGUCCCCUUCCAUGGCUGUUCCGUCGCCCGGAUGGGUGCCAUCUCCCAAAACCGCCUUGCCAAGUCCAGGGGUCAGCCAGAGCAAGCAGCCAAUCAGCAUGAAUUCGUCAGCUUCGCUGGGAGGGCUGGAUCAGGGUUCUCUCCCUCCUGGGCCUAGGAGCAGUUCCUCUGCACCAGCCAGUAAUCCCUCUAGCACCAUGAAUCCCAACAUGCCUUUUACUUCCUCUCCAGAUCCAUCCCCCUCCCAGAACCCCCUCUCGCUGAUGAUGUCACAGAUGUCCAAGUAUGCCAUGCCCAGCUCCACACCACUCUACCACAAUGCCAUCAAAACCAUCGCCACCUCUGAUGAUGAGCUGCUCCCAGACAGGCCCAUGCUCCCACCAGGAAGCAUGCCAGGUAUCACAGGAAACCAGCCAAAUCAACUGCACUUGAAUUCAGUGGGGCCUGCAUCCUCACAGAGCCCCAUGGGGAUGAACUUGCCUGGCCAGCAGCCUCUCUCCCACGAGCCCCCCACUUCCAUGAUGUCCUCGCCGAAUCCCCUGGGCUCCAACAUUCCAAUGCAUCCUGGUGCACAGGCCACAGGCGUGCCUCCCCCUACUCCCAUGAUGCUGCCUCCGGGGCCCCAAGACUCCAUGAAUCAGCCCUGUGGGCCUGUGCCCAACAAUUCUCAGAUGAUCCCUUCCAACCAGCUGGUGUUCCCGCGCAUGCAGCAGCCCCACAAUGCCAUGCAGUCUCCAGCUGCGGGUAUGCCCAUGACCCCAGGAGGUGGAGGAGGGGCUGGGAUACCGCAGCAUUACCCGCCUGGGAUGCCCUUGCCACCAGAGGAUCUUCCCUCCCAGCAACCUGGUCAGAUGCCCCCACAGCAGCACAUGAUGGGCAAGAAUAUCCCUCCACGGAUUGGAGAUCCCUACCCCCCUGUGCUUCCGGGUGUGGCUUCGGUACUGAAUGACCCUGAGCUUAGUGAAGUCAUCCGACCCACACCCACAGGCAUCCCUGAGUUUGAUCUCUCCAGGAUCAUCCCCUCAGAGAAGCCAAGCAGCACCUUGCAGUAUUUCCCCAAAAGUGACAGCCAAGCAUCGAAAUCACAGCCUUCCAACCUCCACCUCAUGAACCUGCAGAACAUGAUGGCUGAGCAGCCCCCCGCUCGGCCAGGCAUGACUGCCCCCAGCCUUCCAGGCCAGCAGGGCGUGCAGCGGGGACUCAACAUACCUAUAUGCCAUCCUGGACAAGUGUCCAUGCUGGGCAGGACAGGGAUGCCACCGCAGCAAGCCAUGAUGGGCAACAGCAUGCACCAGAGCAUGAUGUCUCCCCAGCAGAGCCUGAUGGCCCAGCAGAAUUUCAUGCUGAUGCAGGCUAAGCAGAGAAGCAUGUCUGUGUCAGGGGAAAUGUAUGCCCAGACGGGACAUAUGAUGUCACCUCAGGGCUCCCUCAUGGGGCCCCCACCUCAGCAGAACCUUAUGGUCACGCACCAGAUGAGGCAGAGGAGUGUUUCACUGGACAGCCAAAUGAGCUACAUCUCUGGGCCCGGGAACAUGGCAAACCUGCCUUUCUAAUCAUGCCCUGAGGGGCAGGGGCUGAUUGUAGAAACCUUUUUUAAACCUUUAUUUGGGUUAGGGUUGGGAGGCUGGGGCCUAUGGGGGUAUGGAGGGAGAUGUUUUUCAUAUUGAAUUUGCCUCUAUACGGAAAAACAGAUGUGCAGUAAAAUUGAUGUGACUCCUUUUUUGGGGGCAGGGAAGGGGUAUUAUUUUUGAAACCCAAGUGGUGACCGGGGGCUUCCAAACCCUACGGCAGUUUGUAAAAUCUUCCUUUAUUUUUUCCUUGUAGUGUGGGUUUUCUUUGUUUGUUUUAAACAACAACCAAAAUGUACAAGAAGAUUUUGAAUGAGUUGUAAAUAGGGCUGAGAGAGACAGAAACUUGUGCUGGUUUAAAAUUGUUCUGUAAUUUCUGUGUUUUAAUAGAAGCCUCAAUUAUUCAUUUUAAACUACAACAAAACUUAAACAAAUGUAGUAGGGUUUAAACUCUUGCAAAGGAGGUCCCAGGGCAGCCUCUUUCAUGCAUUGGAACAGUUUGUGUGCAGGGAUGUAUGGGUUUGAACAGAGCCCUGGGUACGUGUCUUAGGUCCUGAUUCUGCAGUCAGACCCUGUGGGCCUGUACAGGGAUACACCCAGUCACGGGGAUCCACCUGCAGGACUGGAACUGCUGACAUCUCUAAAACAGUAUUGGUUGGGGGAGUCAUUGGUCGUGGGGAUUGACAGCAGUUUCUAUCUGUCUCUGUUACAUGGCAAAGCUAUUAGCAGCAUGAGAAAUGAGAGUGCCCUUGAGGUCUGAUCCCAUUCUGCAAGUAACAAGUAAUUGGACCACAAGGUCUCCCUGCUCCCCUCUCCACCCCCAGGUGCUCUGUGUGAAUGCUCAGGAAUGGUGAGAACAGAAUGAACGCUGAGAUGUCUAUCUGGCUGAUUCCAUCCUGUGCUUCCUGGGUAUGUUGUGCAGAGGACAGGAGGGAACUUAACACACACACACACACACACACACACACACACACACACAUGUAUGCACUCUCUGCAGAGCAUCCCAUACCCCUUAUUGGCUCUGCUCCUGUUUAUCUCCUGUGUGAGUGCAGACAUCUUGCCCUGCUGCACUAUAGUCCUUGCCUUCUUUACACUCCUUUGCCUUCUGCGUGUGCACAUUUCUGUGGGAGAGCUGGCCUCAUGUACAAAACCCUGCAUUUUAGGGUAGAGAUGCUCCAAGCAUUUUCUGAGUCUUGGAAUCCCAGAUCUCCCUCAAGAGAAACCGCAUAGGCAGCUUGCCAGGAGAUGUAAAGUUAUCUGUACCCUGAACCACCACAGCCGUUGGCCUUAGAAUCUCUCCUCCACUGGCCAGUCCAUGUUACUCAUGGGAGCAUCUGGGACGUCUUUUCCACCACCACAUUAGGCUACUUAAAGCAUGCACUGCAAGCACAAGGGGUUUGGGAUUUUUUGGGGGGGAAGAGGGGCUGUGUCUGGCUCUUUCUGCCUGAGUGAUUAAAAGCUGGAGUGUGUAGACCUCCCACCUUUCCCUCCAACACUCAGCCUUGCUGAGAAAUGUCCUGACUUGUUGAAUCUCCAUUCUGUCCACAUUAUCCCCAUGUCAGUAAGAGCCUGCAAGUUGCAAUAUGCAUGAGCUGUGUAGAACAGCAAGAGGGCUUGCAGAGGCAGUGGGAGCAAUGGCUUUCUUGGUAACAGAAAGGUAAGGUGAGGGUGACAUUAUUUAUCCCAUGUUAGAUUGCAUGUUAUUUUGGAAGGAGCAAGGUCUACAGUCCAACUAAACUGAAUACAAAAGGGAAAUUCUGGUACUUUGCAGGGCUGUUGGCCCUCCUGGAGCACUUUUUGUUUGGUCGUCAGAGCAACCAACUGGGAUGCCAUAAUCAACCUUCACUGUCCUAUCAGUCCUCGUGAUGUCUAAAUCUGGGGGCCAAUAGUGCUGAGUGGUGCCUUUUUUGCUUGCGGUACCAUCUCCCAAACAGGUCUAGUUCAUCAGCGAUAUGGUGGGAGGCUUUCAGGGAUGAAGGGUAGCCAUCUCUUGUUAGGCCUCAGCAGAGCAUUUGCUCUGUCACCCUCUGCUGUGAGCUGGGUCUAGUCUUGUCUUGUGUUUUAUUGCUUGAUUUGUUAGCUUGCGUUUUGUGUGCUGAAUUCCACCCAGUUAUGGUUAAGCCCCCGUGUUUCUAACUACGAUAUGUCAGUGUUUUUUCUUGCACCAAUCAAAGGAAAAUAACAGGAAACCGUGUCUUUCCAAUGCAAUUUUAAGCAAUCAUGCCCAGAAUUAGCUUUCAUGUCCAGGUAACAGCAACUGACCCCUUUCUCUGUCAUCUCAUGGAGAAACUUCCCCAGUCAUUUUGUAACAUUAUAUAAAUAUAAAUAUAUAUAUAUAUAUAUAAA